CAUCCCUGAACUCCUUUCAACCAAGCUUCUGGAGCUGAACACCCUCAAGACGGUAGAGAUGAUCGUGGACUUCAGGAGGCAUCCUUCGCCACAGCUGCCCCUCACGUUGUCCAGCUGCCUUGUGUCAACCGUCGAGACCUUCAAGUUCCUGGGAAUUACAAUCUCUCAGGACCUGAAGUGGGCGAACAACAUCAACUCCGUCCUCAAAAAGGCCCAGCAGAGGAUGUACUUCCUGCGGCUUCUGAGAAAGCACGACCUGCCAUCGAAGCUGCUGAGACAGUUCUACACAGCGGUCAUCGAAUCAGUCCUGUGUUCUUCCAUCACAGUCUGGUUUGGUGCUGCUACAAAAAAGGACAAACUCCGACUGCAACGGACAAUCAAAACUGCUGAAAGGAUUGUCGCUACCCCCCUACCCACCAUUGAGGACUUGCACGCUGCCAGAACUAAGACAAGGGCGUGCAAAAUCCUCUCGGACCGUCUGCACCCCGGUCACCGGCUCUUCCGGCUCCUUCCCUCAGCUCUGAGGAGACUGUGGACAGAUAUGAUUAUAAAACACGAACCCACAUCCAGGAAGUGUUAAAUAUGAAGAUGCCACACAAGUACGUGCGAGAAGAGCCAAUGAUCAGGGGCCCAUCCUUCCUGGUCAGACUCAGGUCUCACACUGUAUUUGAAAAUACUCCAAUCAAACUAUUUUGCACUGUGGAAGGCUGCCCUCUGCCUAUUGUGAAAUGGUAUAAAGAUGGUAUGAUCCUGGACAUGACUUCUGGAAAGUAUCUCGUUGAAGCAAAAGGAGGAGUCCACUCUCUGGAGAUUCCGAGAUGUUCUACUGAUGAUACAGCUCAGUACACAGUUGUGGCUGGUAACAUCCACGGACAAGCAACUAGUCAGGCUUCCAUAAUUGUGAAGAGGUACAAGAAGGAGGAGUUUUGUCCAUAUGGAUGGAUGCCUUACAGUGUUUCCAUGCUUCCGAAGAUCCAUUUCACUAAAAUCCACAUUACCUUUCUGGAAAAGUUCGGCCCAGUGUUUGCCUCCGAAGGUGAUUCGGCCACUCUGACUGCCACUAUGAACCUUGAACCCAACCUGGCUAACCUGCAACCCGAGGCACAGUGGUACAGAGAUGACACUCGUUUGUUUGAUUCUAAAUGGGCAAAGAUUGAAACGGGCAGAGGAGUUAGCACCUUGACGCUCCCUAACCUCUACAAGGAAGAUGAAGGCUUGUACACACUGCGCCUGGUCACAAAAGGAGGCACGGCAGCACAUAGUGCAUUUGUCUCUGUUGCGGAUGGUCCUCCCCCAGUCGCUGGUGCACCUGGUGCUCCAAUGGACAUCAAGAUCCAUGAUGCCAACAGAGACUACGUCAUUGUGUCAUGGAAGCCUCCCAAUACUACGACAGAGGGUCCAAUCCUGGGAUACUUUGUGGACAAGAGUGAGGUUGGAACAGAAAACUGGAACCAAUGCAAUGAUCAGCCAAUUAAGAUCUGUAAAUACCCAGUGGCAGGCCUGUUUGAAGGACACUCCUACUGCUUCAGAGUCCGAGCUGUCAACGCCAAAGGAAUCAGCAAACCUUCCCGCAUGUCUGAGCCCGUCGCUGCUCUGGACCCGACUGAGUUUGAGAGGCUACACACUAAAAAACUUGGAGGAAGGCUGGAUGUCGUCUCUUACCAUGAUGAAGUUGAAGCUGAAGGAAAACCUCCAGGUUCUCCAUCUGGGAUUUAUGCAUCAGAAACUGACAGGACUUACAUCGUUGUAAGCUGGAAAUCUCCGGCCAAAGCCAGCAAGGCUCCCAUGUGGUAUUAUAUAGAAAAGAGCAUGGCCGACAGCGAUGCGUGGCAGCGUGUUAACACUCAGGUCCCGAUUCGCUCCCCUCGCUAUGCUGUCUUUGACCUGUCAGAGGGUAAACAGUACAAAUUCAGAGUCCUUUCUGCAAACAUGUACGGAACCAGUGAGCCAUCAGAACCAAGUCGACCUAUUGAAACCCAAGAACUUAAAGGUGUUCCUUCAGCGCCCGGCCAGGUGAUCGCAACUCGGGAAACUGACACUUCUGUCCUCAUUCAGUGGUCACCUCCGAAAGAACCCAACAAUCUGAUUGGGUACUACAUCGACCAGUGUGUGAAAGGGUCCAACGACUGGACCUCAGCCAACCACAAGCCGCACAAGAGCACUAAGUUUGUGGUUAGCGGUCUUACAACAGGAGAAACCUAUGUGUUCCGUGUCCAGGCUAUCAACGAGAUUGGCCUCAGUGAGGAAUCUCAGGAGUCUGCACCUCUAACAGUCAAGGCUGCCCUCACCACGCCUUCUGCUCCUUACAAGAUUGCUUUGGUCAACUGCGACGGACAUUCGAUGGUCCUGAACUGGAAAAAGCCCCUUCACUGUGGAGGGACACCAAUUAAGGAAUAUUAUGUUGAUAAGAGACGUAGUGGAACAAGCAUGUGGAGGGAGAUCAAUAUCCCACCAAUCGCUGAAAGACUUUUCAAGGUGGUGAGUUUGACAGAAGGAGCAAAUUAUCAGUUCCAAGUGUACGCGGCCAAUCUUAUUGGCCUGGGACCGGUAUCCAAACACUCAGCUGACUACACUUGUGAGGCCUGGACUAUGCCUGAGCCAGGCCCGGCUUAUGAUCUGACAUUCUGUGAGGUGAGAGAUGAUUCUGUGGUGCUUGAGUGGCAAAAGCCAGUCUAUAUCGGUUCGGGAGCCAUUACUGGUUAUUAUGUGGAGUAUGCUGAGAAAGGCACUAAUGAAUGGACUACAGCCAACGAGACACCCACCAAUCAAUGCUUCCUUAAGGUGACAGGUCUGGAAGUGGGCUGCACCUAUGACCUCAGGGUGCGUGCUGUCAAUGAUUCAGGUGUAGGCAUGGCCUCAAUGACCUCUGACCCUGUCACUGCCAAGGCUGUGCCAGGCUCCCAGGAGGUAUCCUGCUGUGUGGAUAAGAAGACGGGUGACAUUGUUUUCACAUUCGAGUCGUGCCAAAUGAAUGCAGGCUCUCAGUUCGUCUGGAAGAAAGAUUAUGACGAAAUCACAGAUUUCUCCAAAGGAGUUGAGAUUAAGACCGAAGGCAACAAAACCCAGCUGAUCUUUAAGAAUGCAGAUAAAGAAUACUUUGGGACCUUCUCUGUCUCUGUCACCAACACAGACGGAGUUUCUUCCAGCUUUUCCAUCGACCCUGACCAGAUGAAAAAGCUGGUGGCACUCAGCUAUGACGUCAGGCACCCAAUCAUCCCACUGAAGUCAGAGUUGGCCUAUAAAAUUUUGGAGAGAGGCAGAAUGAGGUUCUGGCUGCAGGCGGAAGAGAUUUCCCCUAACGUCAACUACAAAUUCUUUGUCAACGACAAGGAACUGUCUGGAGCUGAUUCCAUCAAGAUGGGCCAUGACGUGUCUACAGGCGUCAUUGAGUUGAUCAUGGACCACUUUACUGAAGAGAAUGAAGGGACAUACACCUGUCAGAUUACAGAUGGAGGUGGCAAAGCACAGAGCUCGCUGGUUCUCAUUGGAGAUGCUUUCAAGGCUGCGCUGGCUGAAGCCGAAUACCAAAGGAGAGAGUACGUCAGAGUCAAGGAGGGCCCCCACUUCAGCGAGUUCUUGUCCCUUCACGUGGGAGACGACUGCUCAGUCACACUAGUGUGCAAGGUUGCUAACUUGAAGAAAGAAUCCGAGUUCCACUGGUUCAGAGAAGACACAGAAAUAAUCCCUGAUGUGAAGCCCGAUUUGGCUUCAGGAGUCUGUAAACUGGCAAUUAAACUGUUUUCUCUGAAAACAUCGGGGAUUUACAAGGCCGCCAUCAGCGAUGAUAGAGGAAAGGAUAUCAGCCAAAUUGACGUUUCAGGAAAAGUUUUCGAAGAGGCCAUUAACCAGAUCACCCGACUGGCUGGAGUGAGCGCACAUGAGCUGGUGAUCCACUGCACAGCCACCGGCAUCCAGCUGCAGUGUCCCAUGAAGUAUUACACUUCAGAGAUGAACAUCGUCUGGUACCACGGCAGUGAGAAAAAACUCUGCCACAGUGACAAGAUUGUGAUAGGAGGAACCCCUGCUAUGGCAACAAUGGAGGUGAUAGAGCCAAGUGAGAAGGACAAAGGGAAGUACUCGAUCGUGAUCACUGACCCUGAAGACUCACACAAGCGCACUUUGGACCUCAGCGGUGAAGUUUAUGAUAAGGCAUGCGCCGAGUUCCAGAAACUCAAGGCUGAAGCUUAUGCCGAAAAGAACCGUGGUAAGGUGAUUGGAGGGCUGCCUGAUGUGGUCACCAUUAUGGAAAAGAAGACCCUGAGUUUAACGUGCACAGUGUGCGGGGACCCCAAACCUCAAGUCGCCUGGCUAAAGAACGGUGUGGAGGUCGAGCGUGAUGAUCAGUACGUGGUCUCCCUCGACCAGGGCAAGUUUGCCAGUUUUACAAUCAGAGGUGUUUCCAUGGAGGAUUCCAGCAAAUAUUCCAUGAUUGUCCAGAACAAAUACGGAGGGGAAUCUGUGGAUAUUGUGGUCUGCGUGUACCGCCAAGGUGAGAAAAUCCCCGAGGCAAAGCCAACCGUGACCGCUAAAACAAUUAUCCCUCCCAAACUGCCCAUUGAGAUGCCGCAAACAAUGACCCAGCCAGCCCCUAGCCACGCCCCCUCCGCUCCUAGCCCCACCCCUCCCAGGGCAGCACCCGGAAGAGGAGUGAAGAGUCCAACCCCCACUCGGAGGAGGUUUUAAAAGAUUCACAAACACGUCGGCAAACUGGUGCUCAUUUUCAUUCGAAACAUUUGCUUGAAAUUAAACAGCGAACACUGUGACAUUAAUUAGAGAGCCAGAAAAUCUGUUAUUAAAAAAAUCUAUUAAGUGUGAUCAUUUAGAAAAUAAGAACAUUGAAAAACACUUAUGUUGUUUUGAAUUAGGACACAUUUUUUAAUGAUUCAAAUAAAAAUUCACAUCACAGCAUUAUUUGAUUCAAAUGAACCAUAAUAAAACAAACUUGAAUACAAAUGUGACCUGUUUUAAUUAACUGAACACACAGCACUGUCCA